AUGACCUCAGCCAAAUCCAUUCUAGAAAUAGCCCCUAAAGCAUACCAAGUCCUGUCAGAGUUUAUAUACAAAACAACGUACCAAGUGGCCGGACAUGUGGUAUUAGAUUUAGCAACGCUCCUCAAGCUUACGGGACUAAUAUCGGCCUGUUAUUUCGGCGUCGCCGUUUAUCGCAUCUGGUUUCAUCCCCUCGCCAGAAUCCCAGGCCCAUUUCUCUGCAAGGUGACGGCCGGAGUUUGGACAUAUAAGUUCUUCCGGGGAAGGGCCCUCGCAUGGCAAGCCGAGCUCCACGAAAUGUACGGCGAGAUUGUCCGCGUGGGCCCCAACCACGUCAGCUACAUCAAACCUGAAGCAUGGAAGGACAUAUUCAAACAUAAGCAGGCCGGUUUCCGGCCCAACGUCAAAACGAUGAAUGAGGACGGCAGCGAGCCGCCCAGUGACCACCUGCCGCUCAUUCUUGAGUCCAGCGUGGAAGGUCAUGCGGCGCAGAGGAAAAAGUUGAAUGUUGCCUUCAGCGAGCGGGCAUGGAGGGAUCAGGAGCCGCUGGUUUACAAACACAUCGACUGGCUCGUGGGGGAGCUGAGGGAUCACGUCGAUGCCAGCCCCAACGGCGAGGCAGAGCUGGAGAUUGCCAGGAUUUUCGAUAUCGUGGUGAUGAAAACAAUGUGCUCCCUUUCCCUCGGCGCUGAAAUCGAAACAUUUUCGCCCGAUUAUGAAUCAUCAUGGGUCCCGAUAGCGCUUGGGGUACACGAGACUUUGAGUAGGUACCUCCAUUGGCUUGUUUGCUUGUCUAAAAUCUUUUGUCUUCCCCAUCUGAAUCUAAUCUCAUCCCCCACAGAUAAGCAAAUCGCCCUAAAGGCCUACCCCCUGGUCCUGUUCAUGUUUCGACUUUUGACCCCCAAAGCUCUUCUGCAUGGUUUCGAUACGCACAUGGCAAACUGCCAACCCUUUAUCAAAAGCCGCCUGGAGAACCCCGAGGUCGACAGGCCGGACAUCCUCGGGUUCCUUCUCAGGGAGACCAAGAAUGGCAUGUCUCGCCGGCUGAUCAAUGUUAACGCGAGCAUGUUGGUCAUGGCUGGGAUGGAAACCUCGUCCACCGCGCUCAAGGCCAUCACCUACCUGCUCGUCAGCAACCCGGACAAGUUGCAGAAGCUUGCGCGUGAGGUGCGCGCGCUUCCGAAGAGGUCUGACCUGAACAGCAAGAACCUGCAGACCUUGGUAUAUUUGAACGCGGUCAUUUCGGAGGGUCUGCGGUUAUUCCCAAGCGGCCAAGCCGCACUGGCAGCUCAACGUCGCAUCGCCCCAGGAGGCAACUUUGUCUGCGGCGAAUUCCUCCCUCAAUACACUCAAGUGUUUAUGGCUGCCCACGCGAUGAAUAACUCGCCCCUGUUUUGGAAAGCUCCCCACGAGUUCGUCCCGGAGCGUUGGAUUCCCGAGGAGACGGCGUUUUCGGAAUACCACGAUUACGACAAAUUCCAAGUCCGACUGCCCUUUGGUUACGGGCCGCGCAUGUGCAUCGGCAAAAACAUCGCCUACCACGAGUUGCGCGGUGUGUUGGCUAGUCUCGUGUACGAGUUCGAUCUGGCCUCGACCCGAGAGACGGUCGAGUGGCUUUACAUUAAGUCGAGUAACGUCUGGUCCAAACCUGACCUCAAGGUGCGAGCCAGUCGUAGGUGA